AUGAACGGCACACCACAGGUCCGUCGGGGCGUGGGCGGGUUUCCUUCGACACCGCAGCGCAGAAACGAUGGCUCACCAGAAGCUCGCAGUCCAUAUGGCACCACGCCACGGCCCAACGUGAACCGGUCGCCUCUCCCCGAUGUCCCCAAAGCGCCAGCACAGUCGAGCUCCUCAGGCCCAUUGAUACCCUCGGACGUGCUUGAUCCUGCCCAACAGCGCUUUUACGUCUGCGCCGCCUACAUGGCCCUCUGGGCCUACCGAUCGUACGACUUUUACACACUGGCCGUCGAGGAUGAUGAAUCACUAUGGCUGUGUCUCAAGUGGUGCUUCUUCGACGUUCUCUUCAUGUUUGGCGUGCCGCUGCUAGAGAUUCCCUGGCUAGAAUGGAGCAACGCCUCAGCUUUCCUGCUGUUUGUACUGCAUGCGGGCCUGGAUGUCAUGCUCAUGUUCAGGAUAGGCCUGCCCAUACAAGCCUGGGCCAUGGGUCUCGUAGGCUUCCUGUGGGACAGUGAGCUGGCCAUUAGCGAGCGCAGCGUCAAGCCGGGCGCCAUUAUACACAAUGCUUCUUUGAUCUUGGGCAAGCAAAUCAUCAAUAUCCUGCCUGAGGGAUCCGCGAUUUUGAACCCAGACAGACAGGCCUUUUGUUUGAACUCGACCGUCACCCAGUUGGAGAUCCCCAUCAUGAUCAACCAGACCGAGCCCAUGGAGAUGGAGAUUCACCGCAUCGAUAUCGCGACUAACGCCAAUGAGACCAUCAUUGUAAAGAAGAAAGAGCUAGUCACGAUGAUGAAGAAGGCACGCAAGUCUGCAAAGUCCUCGGACCCGAACGAACCAUUAAAACUGGCGUAUACCAUAAAGAAACCAGGUGUCUAUCUCCUGCGGAAGGUUCAGGAUUCUUCCAAGUUGCUCGUGCGACCACGUCAGUCGAGUUUGGUUGUGGCCACCUGCCCUCAGGCCCGCGUUAAACCGACGGGAGCCAACCGAUGUCGCAGCGAUCUAUCCAACGUAGCACUGGAAGUCGAAGGCACACCACCCUUGAGCAUUAAGUACCGCCUAACCGUGAAUGGAAAGCCACGCGGCGGGUCAGAGUUCCAGAACCUACAACCCGAUGAUACUAUUUCUCCGUUGUCAAGACACACUUCGCAGGCAUUGGUCAAGCUCGGUCCCAACGACAUGUCCUGGGCGCGUCCACAGGUAAUGACUGUGCCUCUUAACGAGAGUCUCACAGCCAGUGGACUUUGGGAAUAUGAGGUGGAGGAAGUGCAUGAUGGGCUCGGCAACUUCGUGAGCUAUGCCGACAUCGACGACGAAGACCACCCACGACCAAAGGUCGCCAAUAUUCGCCAGGCUUUCGAGGUUCAUGAACGACCGACAGCCUUCCUCAAAGGCUGCAACCCUCAAAGUCCACUCCGAGUUGCCAAAGGCGAAGCCACCCGCCUUCCAGUCUUCUACGGCUCCACCGGUAAACAGGCCAUUGAGUCCAUGCACGCAAUCGAAUAUCUUUUUACUCCACAGGCCGACAUGAUCGCAGAUGGUUACCACAGCUCGGAGGCUGUUACCAAGAAACAAAGCAUGAGGAAGGGUGAACAGCCCAUUAUCAAGGAGCCUGGUCUGUACACCAUCAAAACUGUCUCCACGGAGUUUUGCGAGGGCGAGGUCUUUGAGCCGACGUCGUGCUUGCUACAGAAUCCUCCCGAACCGGAACUUAUUAUCAGCAGCGAAGACAUUGUGGACAAAUGUGCAGGUAACCCAAUUGGCCUCCGUGUGGGUCUCGACCUGAUCGGUACCCCGCCUUUCACCAUCACCUACUACGAACAUAAGGAUGGUCGUAAGAUCCGUAAGCCGCCGCUGCAGGUCGCCAGUCUUCGCAGUACAAUGGACCUCACGCCUAUUGAUGCUGGUCACUACAAGUAUACUUUUGAGAGCAUCAGUGAUGCCGUGUACUCUGAACGUUUGAUAAAGAACAUGGAGCUUCAGCAGAACGUGCGACCUUCGGCGCAAGCACGCUUUAUGGAGGGCAGUAGACCUAAGCAAGCUUGUAUUGACGAUUCAGUUGAGUUUGACGUUCGUUUCGUCGGAGAGGCACCCUGGAAAUUGGAGUAUGAGGUACUUCACAAUGGCAAACGCUCGAAGCACAGCAUCGAGACCAACAACGAACAUUACACCAUCAGGACCGACAAACUGAGUAGCGGUGGAGAGUAUGUGGUGGCUCUCACAAGCGUUACUGAUCAAGCCAAGUGCAAGGAGUAUCUCAAAGAGGAAGCUAGAGUCAACGUACGGCACGAACGUCCCAAGGCUUACUUUGGUCAUAUUGAGGGCAAGCAAACAAUUAGGGCGCUGGAAGGCCGACAAAUUGGCUUACCCGUUCGCUUCACCGGCAACGGACCCUGGAGACUCGAAUAUGAGAAUUUGAAGACAAAGGAAGUCAAGACGGAAACAUUUCAAAAUGCCAACUCUUAUCUUAAUGUCAAGGAAGAGGGAACCUAUCAGCUGCUCUCCGUCAAAGAUUCGGUCUGUCCUGGACUAAUUGACGACAAGGUCGAUCAGUUCGAUGUGUCUUGGGUCGCCCGUCCCUCGCUCAUCAUUCCUGAAUCUACUGCUCCAUUUAAGGAUGGAAAGUACGUCAAAGAAGCUGUGUGUGAGGGUGAUGAAGAUUCUUUCGACAUCUUAUUGCAUGGAAACCCUCCGUUUGACGUAUCAUACCGACAAGAGUACAAGGACAAGAAGGGCAAGACCGCUGCUGUCAAGGAGGAGGAAAUCCACACCGUUAGUGGCUCGGCGUCUCUGCGUGCAGAUACAUCGAAGGCUGGCGCCUACGAAUAUGUCUUCAUGAAACUUGCAGAUGCGAAAUACGAUCACUCGAAGAAGCACUUCACGCCUCUAACAAUUUCGCAAACUGUCAACCCCCGUCCCGGCGCCCGCUUCGACAAGCCUGGUAAGACCUACAGCUACUGUAUCAAGGAAUCAGAGGGUGAGGAGGUCAUUCCAAUCACCCUUGAAGGUGUCCCACCUUUCUAUCUGGAGGUAGAGAUCAAGCACCAGGGCACACCCAAGCCCGAGGUUAGCGUUCACAAGGGUAUUCCGACCAAUAAGUACGAUCUCACGAUCGAACACCGCAAACUUCACCUUGGCCAUUCGUCCGUCUCUAUCCGCAAAGUCCGCGAUUCGCGUGGCUGCACCUUCAAACCUCCACCGGGUGGUCCUCGCGUUCACAUUAGCGUACAUGAUGCACCCACUGCAACAGCUCUCGAAGACCGUACCGACUUCUGCGUUGGAGAGCGUUUAUCUUUUGCCCUUGGUGGCCAAGUACCUUUCACAGUAUACUACACAUUUGAGGGUCAAGAACGCAAGGCCUCAAACCCAGGCACAACCUUCCGACGCCUCGCCGAACUUCCGGGUACCUUUACCAUCACCGGUCUCCGCGACUCUGCCUCCGAAUGCCUAGCACCACUCGCUCUUACCAAGAAUAUUCACCCUAUUCCCUCUGUCCGACUCUCUGGUGGUCAGGUGACUGAGAUUGAUAUCCACGAGGGUGGUAUCUCGGACCUCGAAUUUCAAUUUUGGGGUACGCCGCCAUUCGAAUUCACGUAUACGAGGAGUACGAAUGCAGCAAAGGGAAAGAAAAGCAAGGUGCUGGCCAUCACAACAGAGACGAGUCAUGAUUAUCACAUGAAGAUCCAAGUACAGGAAGAGGGCACAUAUGAGGUUGUCAGUAUCAAGGAUAGGUGGUGUAGUUUUGCCAAGCCUGGCGAGGGAAACGAUGGGAAGAGUGGGCAGAAGAUGUUGACAUAUUGA